CCCAUUGCAAUGGGAGGGAUCUCUCGCGGCUGCAUGGACCCCACCCUUUUCUGCUUUGCUACUUUAUGAAUAUCCCGAAACUACCCCUCAAUGCCCCCUGAAAACUCCUCCCGCCGCUCCUCCUCCGCCACUGCGGGCCCCAUCGAGAUCGACGAUUACCCGGAACCCGAUCCACCCAACCCGGCGGCCAUCGAAGCCGAACGCCGUCGGACUCGCAAUCGCACUAUCAUCCUCGCUGUCUCCUCUGCUGUUCUCAUCGUCACCGUUUCCGUCUUCACAAAAUCCGGCAUCUUCGGUGGCGGUGACCAGAACGACGCCCCCCCUGCCCAACCACCCAUUGGCCAGGAUCGCCUCAACAACUCGAUCAUGCAGUCCAAGAUCAAAGCCUUCUGCCAGCUGACCGAGUUCCAGGACACCUGUCUGUCGACAAUCUCUAGGUACACGGCAAAGCUGAAAUCCGAUGAUCCAAAUGUAUUUCUCCUUCAAUCGACCGCAGCGUCGAUCGAGGCCGUUGAAGAGGCGUACAAUUACUCGGUGAACGUGGCGAAGACCGUGAUGGAUGGUAGAUCAAGGUGGGCCUUUAAGGACUGCGAACUGCUACUAAAUUACACACUGCUUCAAUUACAGGCGGGCGACUCCGGCGCCGAAAUAGUCCGAGCAUAUGAAAUUCCGACUAAGAUGACCGAUCUUUUGUCUGGAUUGAGCGCGGCGGUGACCUACCAGCAGACGUGUAUGGACGGUUUUGAUGUUGAGAUGGGGGAUCAGACGGCAGAGAUGAUGAUGAUCGUGACGAAUGCGACGAAGCUGACGAGGAACAUCUUGUCGGUCGUCAGCAGGAUCUCGAUGGAUGAGGAUUUGACACGUGUCAUUGAGGGGAUGGAUGAGGAUGGAGGGAAGCCGGUGUGGCACAUGGCAAAUGGGAAGGCUGAUGUUGUGGUGGCUAAAGACGGGUCCGGGAAUUAUAAGACGAUCCGUGAGGCGUUGGAGGUGGCGAGAGAGAAGAGGGAGGGCAGGUUUGUAAUUUACGUGAAGGAUGGGGUCUAUGAGGAGAAUGUGAAAGUGACGGAUGAGAUGAAUUACAUCACCAUGUAUGGGGAUGGGCGGGACGAGACGGUCGUCACCGGGACUAGAGGGUUCGGAGACGGGAUUACAAUGUACGGAACAGCGACUUUCGUGGUCUCUGGAAUGGCAUUCAUGGCGAGAGACAUGGGCUUCCAAAACAUAGCUGGGCCUGAGAAAGCCCAAGCCAUCGCUCUCCUUGUCGAAUCUGAUCUGUCCAUCUUCUACAACUGCCGGAUCGACGGCUACCAGAACACCCUCCUUGCUCAUACCCACCGUCAAUUCUACCGUGAUUGCAUCAUCUCCGGCACCAUCGACAUAAUCUCCGGCGACGCAGCGGCCGUCUUUCAAAACUGCGAGAUCGUUGCGAAGAAGCCAUUGGUGGGCCAGCAGAACACCAUCAUGGCCCAGGCCCGAGUAGACCCCUGCCAGACCACCGGAUUCGUCGUGCAGAACUGCACGAUCUCGGCCGCUAACGACCUUUAUCCGGCGAGGGAUCAGAUCCGUACGUUUCUCGGAAGGCCUGUGAAGGAGUAUUCAAGGACGGUGAUCAUGCAGUCUAGGAUAGACGAUCUGAUUAGCCUAGAAGGGUGGGGCCCAGCUGGGGGUGAGGAUAAGUGCGAGGGGAAGGUCUACUUUGCGGAGUUCGGUAAUAGCGGGCCCGGGUCGGGUCUGAAGGGGAGGGUGACUUGGCAAGGGUUCCACGUGUUGGAUGAUGUCGCAAAUGUGUCGAGAUUUACAGCUGGCAAGUUUAUACAAGGAAAAUUGUGGUUGAACAUGACAGGAGUGCCGUUCUACACAGGAGUGUCUUAG